AUGGCUUUCAUUUUGAAGCUAUUUGUUAUCAUAUCCUUGGCAUCAUCAAUUGUGACCUCAAGGUCUUUGAGCUCAACAACAACACUAGCCACACGUUUAAAAUUAUUUGAUGGCACAGGUGACAAUAACAAAUGUUGGGAAACAAUGUUUGAACUUCAACAUUGUACUGGCGAGAUUGUUCUAUUUUUUGUCAACGGUGAGACACAUCUUGGAUCAGGUUGUUGUAAUGCUCUUCUUGUCAUAGCACAUCAUUGUUGGCCUAAUAUGCUUACUUCUCUGGGUCUUACACAUGAAGAAACUGAAAUUCUACGUAGCUUUUGCGACGGUGCUGCUUCCGUUGAUAAAUCGUCGCUGUUACCAUCUGUUAAUGUUGAUGCCCCUGCUCCGACCAAUGAUAAUUGA